AUAUUCCUGAGCCCACUGAACGUCUCCACCCUGGAGCUGUGGUCGUCACGACAACUUUACAUUUGAAUAUAAGUGCUGUUGGUGAUAUACUGAGCUUCACCGAGCAGGAUCAUCAGGACAGCAUCACCUCCAACCACCACGAAGCUUCUGCUGAGCUUUAACUUUGCUCCCAUCAUCUGCUGGAGGUACAGGCGCCAUCCAGGGAGAACUUCCUGUCCUAAACCCGACCAAUCAGCACGCGCUAGUAUGAUGGCGUGGUUUCUGGCACGUGAUCCACGCUGGAUUCUCUGAGCCACUAUUUCCAAUCAAACCUCAGGAUGCAGAGCGUUGGGCUUCAGCAUCUCUUCCUCCUCUCUGUCUGCCUCUUCCUCUGCCUUCUGACCUCAGCUGAGUCGCAGCAGGUGGAGCAGCUGGAAGAGGAGGUGCAGAAUGUCCCAGUGGAGGUCAUCACUGAGAGCUCCCCCUGCAGCGCCACCUGUGGGCUGGGCCUCCGGACUCAGACUCUGUGCCUCCUAAAUGACAGCAAGGCAGCGAUGGAGGAGAAGCUGCCGAGCGGCGGUGAAGCAGAGGUGACGGAGAAGUGCCGCGUCCGGGCGGUGCAGUGCAUGGACACGUGGCAGUGUGGACUCCAAACCAUGACAGUCACAUCCGGACUGAGGGUGGAGGUCGACUGUGUGGGAGAUGUGAUGGAGGCCACUGGGAGGUUCUCCUGGAGGGUGUCGUGGCGUUAUGCCCGAGGGAUCAUCAGCACUGACGACACUCUGUUCGCCCGCUGGGACACUCCCGAGCUGGACCGAGUGGUUCUGGACCCCGUCAGAGAGGAGGAUGCAGGGACGUACCGCUGUGACGUGCAGGACGCCGCCUACCGCAGGGUCAAACGGGCUUACUGGGGCAUCCGUGUUCUGCCCGUCGGGGUCCUCAGCCUGGACUACGACAGCUCCCUGGCCCUUUGGGAUGAAGGCGAGAAGAACCAGACCGAGGAGGAGGAGGAGCAGAGGAAGAUCUUACCCUUUGCUCUCCUUGCGCUGCUGCUUUGGUCACAGAUGGGCGUCAGUGCGGCGGUCGCCGGCGUCUUCACUGCUCUGCUGAGAGGCUACGAGGCGAUGAAGAGGAGAAGGAGGAAUUUAAAGGCGUCUGGUUCCUUCUGAAUUUUCCAACCUGCUUCAAAUCAUUGAAAAUCA